UAGAGAGAGGGUACUAUGAGAGAGAGGGAGGGCGUCAGAGAGGGAAGAAAGUGCGAGUAGAGAGAGCCUGAAUUGUAGAGACAGGGUAAGCAAUGAAUUGAAUCCCAUGGCCAUGAUCAGCUCAAAUCCUCCUACUCUCUUCAACACCUUCUCACCCAAUGCCAUUUCCAGAGCCUGCCCUAAUUUCCACGGCUACCACCUCUCCUUAGCCUCUGAAACACCUCACUUACGGAGCAGAAUCAGGGUUUCCAGCUUGGGUAAUGGAGACUCCAGAAAUGGAAAUCCUAGAGGGAGAGAGGUUGCAGAAGAGGAGAGUGGGCGGGUGCAAUGUGAGGUGCAGGUGGUUUCAUGGAGAGAGAGAGGGGUAAGAGGCUGGGUAGAGAUAGAAGCACAUGAGGAGACAGUCUGGAAUGUGCUCACUGAUUACGAAAGGCUUGCAGAUUUCAUCCCCAAUCUCGUUUGCAGUGAGAGAAUCCCUUGCCCACAUCCAGGGCGAAUAUGGUUAAUGCAGAGAGGAAUGCAAAGAGCAUUAUAUUGGCAUAUUGAAGCUCGAGUUGUUCUUGACCUUAGAGAAUUCCCUGAUGCAGCAAAUGGUAAAGAGCUUCACUUUUCGAUGGUUGAUGGGGACUUUAAGAAAUUUGAGGGGAAGUGGUCUGUCAAAGCUGGUUCGAGGCCCUCAACUGCUGUUCUUUCCUACGAAGUCCAUGUGAUACCCAAAUAUAAUUUCCCGACCAUAUUUGUUGAGAGAAUCAUAAGGUCUGAUCUUCCGAAGAAUCUUCUGGCUAUAGCUUGUAGAGCUGAAAUGCGCACUGGAUUAUCCCCAAAAGAACACAUUAAUGACAAGGAUAUUGGUGAUGGCUCUGGGGCCACCUUUGCUGACUCAGACAUGAAAUUAUCAGAUGCUUUGUGUGAGACUGUUGCAACCCCACCCAAGGACAUGAAGGAAAAUUUUACCGAUUCUAGUAUUAUUCCUUUGUCAGCUUCUCAUUCCAACCAACAGAAUAGUGGUUGGGGUGUCUAUGGAAAAUGUUGCAGCCUUGAUAGGCUUUGCAUGGUAGAUGAAGUUCAUCUUCGUAGAUGUGACGACCUACUGGAAAAUGGAGGGGUUCAUCGAAGUGUUGUUGCUAGUAUUACUGUCAAGGCACCUGUUCGUAAUGUCUGGAAUGUUUUGACCGCUUAUGAGAUUUUGCCUGAAUUUGUUCCAAAUUUAGCUAUAAGCAGAAUUUUAUCUCGAGAAAACAAUGUGGUUCGCAUUCUUCAGGAAGGCUGCAAGGGCCUUUUAUACAUGGUCCUUCAUGCACGCGUUGUCUUAGAUUUAUGUGAACAACAUGAACAUGAAAUUACUUUUGAGCAGGUUGAAGGGGACUUCGACUCUUUUAAGGGCAAAUGGCUUUUAGAGAAGCUUGGAAAUCAACAUACGCUACUCAAGUAUAUUGUUGAGUCAAAAAUGCACAAAAAUUCUUUUCUGUCAGAGGCUAUUGUGGAAGAGGUAAUAUAUGAAGACCUUCCAUCAAACUUAUGUGCUAUCCGUGAUCGUGUUGAAGUAGAGGAGAUGGCUAAAUCUAUGCGCUUGGAAUCAGUUGUGGAACAACUUAAAGUUGGAAGCAGCCCCACUCCAUCUAGCAGUCCUUUGCUUGUGAAAGAGAGCAGAGGAGAGGGUAAGGCAUCAAGCCGUGAUGCUCAGACUCGAUCAACACCAAGACCCAAAGUUCCUGGGCUUCAAAGAGACAUAGAGAUUUUAAAAUCUGAACUUCUGAAAUUCAUUUCAGAAUAUGGCCAGGACGGUUAUAUGCCAAUGAGGAAACAACUCCGAUUGCAUGGAAGGGUGGAUCUGGAGAAGGCAGUCACACGGAUGGGUGGUUUCCGAAAAAUAGCUUCUCUUAUGAAUCUCUCUCUUGCCUACAAACACCGCAAACCAAAGGGCUAUUGGGACAACCUGGACAACUUGAAAGAAGAGCUCCAAGCUACUAGGUCUGCGCCACAUGCUAAUUGUCAAGAAAUAAGGCCAAGCCUCACCCUGCCAUCAAGAUUUUGGCCACAAAACCCACACAUUCAAGGGAGGGAAUGCUCAAGAAAUGAGGUCAUGCUUGAAAGUGAUGCAAAAAAUCCCCCUCCUUCACCCCUCUUGGUCUAGAGAAGGGGACACUCAAAAAAUGGGGCCAUAACUGAGAGUGAGGCAACAAACCUCUCCAACGGCAAAGAAUUCAAUAGGAGCUGAAGUUGAUACUUAAGAAAGGCCAUCUCCAUGGGUGACUUUUGAAGCUUCUCUAGAGAGUCUUUCACCAUCUUAGAAAAUGAGGGUAGAAGGCCCACGGAGCAACCGCUCCAUGAAGACCUUUAUGCAGUAUGCACAGCAAGGAAGCUUCUAGCCAGUGCUCAUAGAAGGCCAUCUUCAAGAAUGACGCUUGUUACAAGCACCAGCUCCCACACAGCCCCAAAAAGAAGAGUUGGUGCUCAAGAAGAGCCAUUUCUGUUGGUGAGGCAAAAAAACCCAAAUAAGAGGAGCAACUAAUCGAAGAAGACACUAUUAGAUGUAGAGGAUACAAAUACCCUUUUUGUGGUUCAUGUUAAUAGAAUUGGGGUAUGUUUUAGUUUCAAUAGGGUAGAAUCGAAGUCUGAAGCAAGAAGACCAGCAAGUACCUCCACAAACUAAAUGUUGAUAUGGGUAAAAUUGUCCAAUUAGUCGCAUGUCUUAUGUUUAGGGCCUGUUUGAUAACUAGAAGGUAAAUAUUCCUUGAAGUUGGAAAUUCUUUUUUGUUGGGAAGAAAGAAGUUAGUGUAAGAAGUUCUGGGUUUCUGUGUUUGAUAACCUGUUGGAAUGUUAAAGAAGUUCUAAGCACCUGAGUUUGAUAACCUGCUAGAUGAUUGGGAAAUUCUAGGUAUUAGUGUUUGAUUAGCUAUUGGAGUUUAGAACAAGUUACAAGUAAGAUGUGAAAUCUUAAUGAAGUACGUUUGAUUGAGAGAGAGAGAGAGAGAGAGAGAGAGAGAGAGAGUAGUUAGUGAG